AAUUUAUAAAUAUUGUUAAUUAUAUAUUUAUAUUUCGAAAAAAGGACAAGGAACUGCCUCCGCCACUAUUCUGACACACGUAAGAGUUUCUCUUCUGUAAAAUCAAUGCAUUCUCUCCUGAAACCUGUCCAUGUACACUAUCUGAUUCUGGUGUAAAUUUCAUCGCAGAUUUCGUGUGUAAAUUUCCCUCUGAUAUAAUACUCUUUCUUUCUGGAUUUUUAGGCUUAAUUUUAUAUUAGCAAUGUCCCUACUGGAUAGCACAAUGUAGACAUUUUAAAAUCAUGUUGCCACAAAACAAUAAAUUAUGACCAACGAAGAAAAUUGAUGCCUCGGUCAUGAAACCAGAGCGGCGGAAUCGGGAUAGUGCUUCUGCUGCUCAUUCAAUUCACCUUUAGCCGGCUUAGCGCGGUAGCCGAUCAGUACAGAAUUCGAACCGCCGGAAUUAGAUGACCGCCAUUAGCAACGAAAUCACAGCUCCUCUUCUUCAGCAGCAGCAGAAGAAGAAAAACGCUGCCGCGUCGACCUCCGGCGCUAUUCCAGAGGAGGACGAUGCCGACGACGACAAUCUCCAGAACUCUCCGAUCGAGCAAGUUGCGCUCACCGUCCCGGCCACCGACGACCCCUCCGUCCCCAGCGUCACUUUCCGGACAUGGACCCUCGGUGCCCUCGCCUGCGUCCUCCUCUCUUUCCUCAACCAGUUCUUCUGGUACCGCAAAGAGCCACUCUCCAUCACCGCCAUCUCCGCCCAGAUCGCGGUGGUUCCCCUCGGCCACUUAAUGGCCUUCGCCCUGCCCAACAGAUUGCUCUUCCGAGGGACCAGACUCGAAUUCAGCCUGAAUCCGGGCCCUUUCAAUGUGAAGGAACACGUACUCAUCACAAUCUUCGCCAAUUCCGGAGCCGGCAAUCCCUACGCGAUCCACAUCGUCAGCGCCGUCAAGCUCUUCUACAAGAAGCAAUUGACCUUCUUCGUCGCCCUCCUCGUCGUCCUCACCACCCAGGUGCUCGGAUUCGGCUGGGCAGGGAUCUUCCGCCGGUAUUUGGUUGAGCCGGCGGCGAUGUGGUGGCCGCAGAAUCUCGUCCAAGUCUCCCUCUUCCGGGCGUUACAUGAGAAAGAGCAUAGGAGGAAGGGAGGAGUUACAAGGAACCAGUUCUUCAUAAUGGCCUUCACCUGCAGCUUUGCUUACUACGUUUUCCCCGAUUACCUCUUUCCCAAACUAUCAUCCUUCUCAUGGCUCUGCUGGGUAUUGCCAGCUUCAGUUUUAGCUCACCAACUCGGGUCGGGAUUCCGUGGGCUUGGGAUAGGCGCCGUGGGCUUCGAUUGGGCCACCAUUUCAGCCUACCUGGGAAGCCCACUGGCAAGCCCAUGGUUCGCUACAGCUAAUGUAGCACUUGGCUUUACGCUGUUCAUGUAUGUCAUCACUCCUCUAGCGUACUGGCUCAACGUCUACAGAGCCAAAACGUUCCCCAUAUUCUCAGAUGGCUUGUUCAGAGGUGAUGGUCAGGAAUACAAUAUAUCCGCCAUCGUCGACUCGAACUUCCACAUCGACGUUGAUGCUUAUGAUAAGCAAGGACAUCUCUAUCUCAGCACUGUUUUUGCAAUGGUUUAUGGCUGUAAUUUUGCUUGCUUGACUGCCACAGUCGUUCAUGUCUUCCUUUUCCAUGGACGGGAUAUAUGGGAGCUGAGCAAGUCUGCCUUCCAGGACAAGCAAAUGGAUGUACACACAAAGCUGAUGAGGAAGUAUAAGCAAGUUCCAGAAUGGUGGUUCUUGUCAAUGCUGUUCUUGAACAUUGCAGCAACCAUGUUUAUAUGUGAAUUUUACAAGGAUCAGCUUCAACUGCCUUGGUGGGGCGUGCUGCUAGCUUGUGCUAUUGCAUUCUUCUUCACUCUUCCGGUUGGAAUCAUUACUGCUACGACGAAUCAGACACCGGGCCUCAACGUGAUAACAGAGUUUGUAAUUGGGUAUCUAUACCCAGGGUACCCAGUGGCCAAUGUCUGCUUCAAAGUGUAUGGGUACAUCAGCAUGAAACAGGGGAUUCUGUUCCUCCAGGACUUCAAACUUGGUCAUUACAUGAAGAUCCCACCUAGAGAUAUGUUCAUGGCACAGGUGGUUGGUGCUGUAAUAGCAGCAUUUGUUCAUCUAGGAACAGCGUGGUGGCUAAUGAGCACAAUCCCAAACAUAUGCGACCGCUUGCUGCUUCCACCCGACAGUCCAUGGACAUGCCCCGGCGACCAUGUGUUCUAUGAUGCUUCUGUGAUAUGGGGCCUAAUCGGCCCACGGAGAAUCUUCGGGGACCUCGGAUACUACUCCAACAUCAACUGGUUCUUCUUAGCCGGAGCUGUAGCUCCUGUUCUAGUUUGGCUAGCGCACAAGGCUUUCCCUGACCAGCAUUGGAUCAAACUCAUUUCCCUGCCGGUGAUCUUGAGCACCACACUCAACAUGCUUCCCGCUACUGCAGUGAAUUACACGAGCUGGGUGCUUGUUGGUUUUGCUUCAGGGUUUGUUGCUUACAGAUACUACAGGGAGUGGUGGAGUCGCCAUAACUACGUCCUGUCGGGGUCUCUUGAUGCUGGAUUAGCGUUCAUGGCGGUGCUUCUGUACCUGUGUUUGGGAAUGCAGCAUGUUAGUCUUGAAUGGUGGGGGAGCGACUCAGAUGGAUGUCCUCUGGCUUCUUGCCCGACUGCAACUGGGGUUAGUGCUAAAGGCUGUCCACUUUCUUGAUGGAUUUUCAUCCGGGAAGACGGAUUUAUUGUCAUAUGAUUAAAUAUUUAAAUACAACAGAAAAGAUUGAUGUGUUUUGUUCUUGUCACACCCGCUCAAUUGAUGAACGUUGUCUGUAACUUGGUCAAUGGUCGAUACGUGAACAAGUAAUGGACUUAAGACUACCUGUUUUCACACAAAAUGGAAAUUGACUUCUAGGUGAUUAGAAAUUUAGAAUGAGAAUGAAGAUCAGAUUGGCAGGUGGUCAUGGAUUGGACAAGUGACGCAUAAAAGUUUUUUCAAAUG